UGAGAAGAGGGAGUAAAAUGUGACCUUUGACCCCUGAUAGACCUCAGCUUGAGCUGAUGAGGCUUCAUCAACUCCUUUGCUUCUGCUAAACCUGGAAACUUCCUUCGUUUGAGGCUAAAACUUCAACUGGGGCAGAUUUUAAGGAGGAACUUGGAUUUGUUUCUCUGGAACAGGAUGAAGCUUUGUGACAAAAAGUCGGCGCUGCUGGGAAUCGCAGAAAACAUCGAAAUGAGGCUUUUCUCUUUAGAAGAAGAAACUGUGACCAUGACGAUGCAGGAAAAAGAGAACAAACAAACCUCUGAACAGACCCAGAGGUUCCAGUACCUGGAGCAUCCUCUGGCCCCUGACCUGGAGGAAGAGGAGGAGGAGGAGGAAGACCUGCUAGUCGAGAUCAAAACCAAACCACCAGCAGAACCAAAAACUGAACGUCCCGUUGUCAAGGAGACGACUUAUUGUUCGCACAUCUUCGACAUAACAGAUGACGCACACAUCGAGAUGGAGUCUUUUCCGCCCAUCAGGCUUUCUGACAUCGAAUUGGUCGAGAUGAAAUCCGGCGACUCUGACUGCGCCGCCCUGUCAUCCCCAAACAAACCUCGUCACCUUAAAUGGAAGAAACUGAAACCACAGAAGAGCAGACAUGUGGUUAAAGACGUGAUCUGUCUCCCAAAGGAAAAAUACCUGGAGCAGCUGGACAGUAAACAAACGGCUCUGGCGGCUCGCAUCACGGUCGACUCCAGCUGGUCAGCCAAUCAGAUGCAGAGUCGCCUGGCGUCGCUUUUUCAGCCCCAGUUUGUAAAGAAACCAGGACAAAAGUUUUCCUUCACGUAUCUACAGAGCGUGCAGAGCGCCAAAGUGCUGUUUGUCCCUGAUUGUCCUGCAGAGGGCUGGACUGGAGAGCAAGUCCUCCGGAUCAGCGAACACGGUGCUUUGUAUAUAUUUAGUCACCACAGCUUUGAACAGGCACAAUAUGAAAGCAAAGCAUCUGUCUUAAAAAGGAAGGAUUCAGGGUCAAAGGUCAGCAGAAGCAGUCCCGGUCCAGUGGGACAGAACAAGCCUUAUGUCUGCCAGGCUCCAGAGAGGCUCACCCUCAACCUGGACACCAUUCUGAGGUUAUUCAGACUAGAAAACACAAACGGAGAAACUGUCCUGAAGGUGAGCAGAGGAGACGUCCUUUCUGCUGCCCUGAAGGAGGUCAGGAAACCAGGAUUCUGCUUCAGGUCCACACCUGUAGUUUCCUUCAGCGAAGACCAGACGCUCUGCCGUGACGAAGCUCUCAGAGAGUUCUUCAGGCUGACCCUCCUGGAGCUGCAGCAGAGUUGUGUUUUUGAGGGUCAUCCGGAGCGUUUGUUUUUCACCUAUGACCUCACAGCGCUGGACGACGGGUCGUAUUAUGAAGCGGGCGUUCUGAUUGGCUGGUCGCUGGCUCAUGGAGGACCUGGACCGUGCUGUCUGCACCCCGCCCUCUACCAGCUGAUGUGUUGCCAAAGUGCAUCUUUGGAGGAUUUUAACUGGAGCGACGUCGUUGAUGCUGAAGCUCAACUCCGACUGCAGGAGCUGCAGAGCUGCAGCGACGUGAAGCGUCUCUCUCCCAGCCUGUCUGACUGGCUGUCCGGCUGUGGGAUCCAUCCGGCCAGUUCCAGAGACGUUUACGCCCGUUUGGUGAAGCACCACGUCUACCACAGGGUGGCCAGUAUGAUCUCCCAGUUCCUGGAGGGCUUGAACAGCUGCGGGGGGCUGUGGGAUCUGGUCAAGUCGCACUGGGAAACGUUUCUGCCGGUGAUGACCGGUUCGGAGCGGCCGGCGCCGAGACUGGAGGCUUUCAGACGCCUCUUCAGGUUCUGCUUCAGCGAUCCGGACUCUGACCUGAGGGGAGCUGAGGAAACCACAGCGGCUCAGUGGGAAACCGUCCUAAGGAUGGUCAGCGACGGUGAAACGUAUUUUUCCUUCGAAGACCUCCUCUUCUUCAUCACAGGAACCAAUCGUCUUCCUCCUCUUGGUUUCCCCAAAUUCAUCUCUUUGCGUUUUUACUCACAGGACUCGAUCUCGUCCGACCCGAUUCUCCCUCACGCUGCUGAGGAUUCUCUGGAGCUGUUUCUGCCCAGAGGAGUCCCAGAACCUUUGGACCUGCUGGUGCUGCUGAACAGAACCUUACACACAACUCUGGAUGGAAGAUGUUUGCAUGCAGGCGCAGAUCUAAUCUCUCCUUAAAUUAUGACGUAGUUAUUCUCACCGAUGUCUGAGCAUGCAUGUUGUCUGCUCAACUCAUUUAAAGAGUUUUUCUCCAAACCCUAGAUGUUGAUUCAAGUCAAUUAUCACAACAAUAAAAAUGUUAUUCAUAUACAUAAUCUUGUAAUUCACAGUGUAAUUCCACAGUUGGGAAUUUGAAGGUGGUCUACAUAAAGUUUUAUCACUUUUAUUUUAUUUUUAACAUUUAAUGUAUAUUUAAUUCUUUGCUCCAAAGUACACUUGUUAAGGUUGCAAAAAUGUUGUAAUAAAGUUAAUUUAAGGUAAAUAAUCUGCACUUUGCAUGAAUACGUUUGACAAAUGAACCUUGCAGGAGGAAAAAUUAAAUAAUUUUCAAGUAGCCCAGAAUAUAAUAAUGUAAAUAUACUUCAACCCAUCCUUAUGUACGCUUUGUAGCCUCUGAACCACGCUCUGCAAGAUUAAAAAUUAAAAUUAAUACAUUGUUCUAUAUUGUCAUUAUCGUACACUAUCCAAUUCAAUCUUCAGAGUUUUGUUUAUUUAAAUUGAAGCCUAAAACAUUUAAAACAUUCAGGUGAAACUAUAAAUUAUAUCUGAUUUAUUAUUUCAGCUGAUUAAAAAGCCAAACGGAAAAUAAAGCAGAAUUUUGUCAACAGUUUGUUUAGUUUUGAUUAAAGAUGUUUUUCCUUAUUGAAUGUAAGAAAGUGUCCUGUAUAAGUCCUGAAAUCAUAAACAUACCAGUAUUAUAUUUUGUAUUUGUAUUUUGUCAACAGAUAUCUUACUAGAAAUCUGUACUGAGGCUGUUGGACUGGUUUCUUUUUUUAUUGCAUAUUCCAUUUUUAUCUGUUUGG